AUGAACAAUGGAUCGGCCGGAGAUGCCAUACGUCUGCAUGAUGCAGUAGAUUCAUGCCUAAGUGGACCUAAGAAAUUAGGCUAUGAUGUUGCGCACUGGGCUCCAAUUAUGGUGGCAAUUGUGACUUCCAAAUUUGACGUAGAGACAAACAAAGCCUUUGAAGAAAGUCUUUCGGAUAUUACGGAGGUUCCAGAUAUGGAUACAGUGCUGAAAUUCCUACUAAAACGCUACAGAGUUCUCCGUUCAUGCGAUGACUUUAAGCAAAUGACGUCGUAUGAGCCAUAUAAACAUGCGAAAGAAAACAAAUUAUGCUUCAAUUGCUUAAUGCACAAAACAACUGAAGAAUGCAGAAGUAAGAAAAAGUGUCUCACAUGUCAAGGUCGUCACCAUACACUUCUGCACUUCGAAAAAAAGAGCAAAGGGGGUAAAGAUAAGAAAUCCAAAGCCCACCAUGCCACAAAAGUAACAAAUGACUUAACUGAAUCAGAUGAUUCUGAUGAAGAGGUCGUAGCACUACACACAGGAAGCAGUGCUAUUGUUUUACCCACUGCUAUAGUAAAGAUUCAAGACAAGAAUGGAACUUGGCAUUCUUGUAGAGCUCUCCUUGACACUGGUUCAGGAGACACAUUCAUAUCAGAGGAUACAGCUCAAACGUUGAAACUCCGAAAAACCAAAACAAUCACCAACAUUAAAGGCAUUGGUGAUGUAAAUGCCGGCACUUGUAAGGCCACCGUGGACAUCCACAUAAGUCCACACUUUUAUUCCAGCUUUAAAGCAUUCACUACGGCAUUGGUAAUGCCAAAACUCACGUCACUUCUGCCAUCCAAUAAACUCAGAGUGACACUUAACGCAGAAAAAUACAAGGGGCUUACGCUUGCAGAUCCAACCUUCAACAUCCCAGGAUCAAUAGAUUUAAUCUUGGGAGCAAACAUAUAUGCUGCAAUUCUGAAAAAGAAUCUACAGAAAGAUAAAAGCGGCCUCAUUGCUCAAGAAACUAAACUUGGCUGGAUCAUUGUGGGAAAAGCCAAAAAGCAAAAACCCACAACAGAAGUGAUCAGCAUGGUCUCACUAGCUGAGAUAGACAAGACACUCAGAGAAUUCUGGGAAAUAGAUGUCGGUAAUGAUACAACUCAGGAGCUAGAACAAGAAUGUGAGAGUCACUUCAAAGAAACUCAUAGUAGACUCCCAGAUGGUCGUUACCAAGUCAGACUGCCUUUCAAAUCAGACAAUGAGUUGCAGCUUGGGAACUCAAGAGGACAAGCCAUUGCUAGAUACCUUUCUAUGGAAAGAAAAUUCAACACCAACCCUGAACUCAAGUCUGAGUACAGUAAAUUCAUGCAGGAGUAUGAGUCACUCGGACACAUGACGAUGGUUCCGGAUUACUUAGGGCCACCGCAGAAGGUUUACUAUCUUCCGCACCACGCUGUCUUCAAGAUGGAUAGUACAACAACCAAGGUCAGAGUGGUAUUUGACGCCUCAUACAUUGAAAAAAUGUUCAGGCAGAUCAGUCUUCAGGAAGAAGAUCGCGACUUCCAUAGAAUACUUUGGAGAGAAAAUCCAAGGGAAGCUAUCCGGGAAUACCAGCUCAACACUGUCACAUACGGCACUGGCCCAGCAACCUUCCUGUCGGUUAGAGUUUUGAAACAAUUGGCAAUGGAUGAAGGUCAUAAAUUCCUAAAAGCAGCAGCAGUUCUCCAACGAGACUUUUAUGUCGACGAUAUGCUCACAGGGGCACACUCUGAAGAUGAGGCGAGAGAACUGUAUACUCAAAUAACAAAGCUGAUGGCUCUGGGAAGCAUGAACAUCAGGAAGUGGACAAGCAACUCUAAACAGCUAUUACAAGUCAUUCCUGAAGAAUCUCGAGAAAAAGGAGUCAUCGAAAUCAAGAAAGACGAUACAAUCAAACCUCUGGGAAUACAUUGA